AUGGACGUGCACCACCCGCCGAAUGCAGCGGCGGCGGCGGCGGCGGCCGCCGCCGCCCUCGGCGACAUGUUCCCCCAGGAGCCCGCCAUGGAAAGUGAAGACAGCAGCACAGAGUGGCUCUCCAUCUAUUUAGGGGACUGCUUGACUAACCCUGCAUCCUACCCUGUCUCCGAAGAACAAGCAUCUGUAAACCCGAACCUGCCACAUCCUUCAUCUUCCAAUCCCAGAAGAAAGAAGAGAAGCCUGGCCUCUGUUAUAAGAGAUAGCGAUGAAGAAUAUUUCCUGAUUGUUGAGCCACCGCUACUACUUGAUCAGAAGCAUUGGCUAGCAGAGAGUGAGCUCAUCCUCCCCAAGAAAGACAAGGACCAAGAACUUGUCCAAAAACUGGAGCAGGAACACGGGGAAGCAUAUAAGCCCUACACUGUGCAGUUCAAGCAAGAGCAGGCGGUGAUGAGGUGUAGCAUUUGUUUGUCCAACUCCAACCAAACACCGCAGCAGUGGCAGGGCGGUCCGUCAGGGGCAUUAUUGUGCAACACGUGUAGCCUGAGGCUCAAGGCAGGGAACGGGUUCAUCAAACUGGAGCGCUGCGGCCAACAAGUUGACGAAGAGCAAGAUCAUGGAAGGGGGCAGGAUAAGAGGAAGAUCAAGAAGACCACAUAUUACGGAGAUGACGAGGAGCCUCCGCAGGAGAAGAGGAGGAUCAAGAAGACUUCAUUUGUAGAUGAGCAGGGCAAGAGGAGGACCAAGAAGACGUAUGUGAACGAGGAGGUCCCACUGGAGGAGCCAGUGAAGCGGUGCACCCAUUGCCUGUCCCACACGACGCCACAGUGGAGGAGCGGCCCUCUAGGGCCCAAGACCCUAUGCAACGCGUGCGGCGUGAGGUACAAGUCCGGCAGGCUGCUGCCGGAGUACAGGCCCGUCAACAGCCCAACCUUCGUGAGCUUCAUGCACUCCAAUUCCCACAAGAAGGUGAUGCAGAUGAGGAAGAGUGUCGAGAACGAGCACGAGCACGAGUACUCGCACUCGGAUAUGUGA